CAAUGGCAUGGGACAGGCCAUCUUUGACAUUAUAAAACGAGUAGGCGGAUCAUCUUUCAUCGUCCCUGAAUGGAUAUCCAGUUCGCGCUUAUCGAACUCCAAAAAGUAAGCUGUACUGUUGCCGCGAGUUGUCUUUGACAGUAACCACGGAGUUCGAAAACUCUACGAUCAUGGAGGUGCUUCCAUGUCUACGAUAGCAACAGCUUCUAAAUCACCACUACUAAUGUUAGUAUCGCUGGUUUUGUUAUGUGUCAUCGGAACAGUGGGAGGCAACAUCCUGUCAAGAUAGAAGAGUGUGUCUUGAUUUGUUUGUUCUCGUUAAAUGCUGGAAAAUUGUUUGACUCACUCAUUAUGUGUCAUUCCUAAACGCAAGUAGGUUUCAUCUAAUCUAACAAAAUGCACAGACGCAGGACGAGAAACAACUUCACUUACGUUAGUUCGUGCGUGAAGUACAUGAUAUUCUUACUGAAUUUCGUUUUUUGGCUUUUUGGAGGUCUUUUGAUUGGAGUUGGUCUGUACGCCUUUGUUGAUAAAUGGCAAGCAACAGGUCUUAUUAAAGUUGAAACAAUAUACGAUGUUGUUUUAAAUAUAUCUCUUGUUAUGGUCAUCGCUGGCGGAGUCAUUUUCAUAGUGAGCUUUGCUGGGUGUGUUGGAGCUCUACGGGAGAACACUUGCCUUUUAAAAUUCUACUCCCUGUGUCUACUCGUCUUUUUCCUUCUAGAAAUGGCGAUUGCUAUUAUGGGUUUUGUGUUCCCUCACACCAUGCAGUCUGUUUUGGAAGAAUCUUUUACAGAUAAAAUAAUUCACACCUACAGGGAGGAUGCAGAUCUACAGAAUUUAAUUGACUUUGCACAACAGGAGUUUAAAUGUUGUGGUCUCAGCUCAGAAGGCUACAUGGAUUGGUCAAAAAAUGAAUAUUUUAACUGUUCCUCGCCCAGUGUUGAACGCUGUGGUGUGCCAUUCUCCUGCUGCAUGAAUGCUACAGAUAUCAGUAGUGGGCUUAUUAACAUAAUGUGUGGCUAUGGCGUCCAAGAACUCUCGGUUGCAGAAGCUAGUAAGAAAGUGUGGACAAGUGGCUGCAUAGAAAUUGUGCGUUCCUGGGCAGAAAGAAAUUUAUACACCAUCGCAGGCAUUGCUUUGGGCAUAGCUUUAUCCCAGCUGUUUGUUAUAUACCUGGCAAAAACAUUGGAAGGACAAAUAGAAAUGCAGAAAUCUCAGUGGAAUACAUGAAAUAUUGCCUACCGCCUCGGAUGAAAUAUUCGGUAGGUAUAUCUCUGUUAUAAAACACCAAAAAUCUAUUUGCAAGGACCAUUUAUGCCGGCCAUAAAACUUUGCCUGUGUAACUGUGUGGACAAUACUGGAAGAAGUUAAUUGCCGUAGCAUCUGCUGUGUGCUUCUUCUGAAAAGUGAAAAAUAAUAGUAAGCUUGUAAAUAUGAUGAUCCAUUUUUGUGUAUAGACUAAACUGUUUCAAGCUUGUAAAAUUUCAAGUACUAUGUUUGCAUUGAAAAGCAUUGUAUUAUUAAUAAGCACAUAGACCCAUGGAAGAAUCCUUGUUAACAAAGUUUGAAACAGUGACUUGACUGAAUCCAGUUUAGCAAAACUUGAGAUUUGCAUGACUAAGAUUAGUUGUUUACAAGAUAGUGCACACAAAGAAAGGAAAGAAGAAUGAAACGAGAGGAUCACAAGAAAUUUCCAAUAUUAAAUUUUUUUAAGAGAAAGGGUGUGUGUUUGCUUGUGUUUAUGGGACGGAAAUGAAAACUAAGUCUUAUUAUUUUACUAUUAGAAAUGCACAGAAGAUAAAACGUCCUUGUGAUUGACCUGUAGGGGAAAGGUAUGAAAUGGUGGAACUUCUUGAUAUCUCGUAUAGCAAGACAUACUGCCCUGUUAAACUCAAAAGUUAACUACAUAAUGUGCCUCUAACCCAGAUUCUUUAGCAUUUCAGAAAUAGCCACCUAAUGUUUCUGACAGCUGGGUAAUUAUUCAAUAUUUCGUUGGGACUCGGACAGUUACUGUCUUAUUGACUGAACAUUUUUUUAAACUCUGUCUAUACCAUUUUGUUGAUUGGCUUCAUAAAUGUAAGAACUUAAGUAUACCAUGAAAUGUAUUAUAUUUGCACAUUUUGUAUGUUAAGAAACUAUCAGUCUUCCUGAAAAAUGUUGUAUCCUUGCAAAUGGAAGACAAGAUAGUCAGUAUGAAAGUGAGGAAGUCAGUUUAAAUUGUGUAAUUUCGAAAUUUUUUGCUUUAAGUGGCAGUUGUUGUUUAGAAUCUCAGUACAUUUUACUUGUUUUAUUCAUGUCUGAAGAAAGAAUCUGUAUCCUGAUAAUGUUGAAGUUGCUGAUUGUGAAGAACUGUUUUCGAGAACUAUGCUCUUAAACAGUUACAUAGUUUUUAGUCACUGACUUUAAGAAUCAUGUUCUGUAGAAUCUCAACUAUGUUGCAAUUAAUUUUUAAAAUUAAAUAGAUCUAUUUUUGAAAACUUGUAUCUGCUGUGGAUAAAAUUUCAUGUGUUUUGAAGCAUUCCAGUAUGUUUUUGCUUUACCACAUAUAAAAGAAUACAAAAAUUAAAAAUACAAACUCUGAGCUCUGCAGCCACUUUUUGUAAUAUAUUUUUAAACUUUUAUCCAAAACUUCCUAUUUAUUGAAUAUUAUGGAGUGUUAGUUAUUGCAAGUCUUGCAUUUUCUGUUGGAGACUUCAAUUUAAAUUAUUACUAAAAUUGUUUGUUUUGAUAAGAACAACCAGCUUUAGUAAAGGGUAAUAUUGUUUUCCUAUUGCUGUUUAAUUGUGGUAAUGUACAAAUAUUGCUUGACUUGUUUUCAUAAUAGAUGACUUUUUUCCCUUCAGUAGUUCAUUUCAAAAGUUGUCUGGCUGAAUGACUCACUUUUAGUAUCAGCAUUCUCAUCAAAAACCCUGAAAAAUUUAAUGUUUGUUUCAAAUAAAUUAGAAAAAAGUGAUAGUUCCUUAAGUCCCCACAUUGCAGAAAUAUAAAUAAUAAUAGUACAGUAUUACACUAAAUGAAGUAUCUACUUGUACUUUCUCUUUGUCUGAAAGUGAAUGUCUCCUCCCUACCUGUCUUUCUCUGGUUUCUACUGUGAAUUAUUUCCAAAUUUUUUAAAAAAAUUGAAAUAUUGUCCUUUUUUUGUUCUUCAUUAUAGGCUACCAUGUCAUCAAUAAAACAUUGUUAAUUUCUUAAUUGGAAUAUCAUCAAAUAGUUUACUGCGGUGAAAUGUGUAAUACUUUGCCAUUCUGAUAAAGGCAUGUGCAUUUUCAAGUUGUCAAGGAACCAGCAAUCUGGCUGGAGGCUUUUCACUGCAAAUUUUCAAAAUCUUUUAAGAUCCUUGGGAAAUCAUUGACUGUUGGCUUGUUACUAUAAAGAUGAUACAUAUCACAUGGUAAAAGCAUUUGGAGUCAAAAUUAACUGUCCCCGUUAAAUGUUGUGUGUCAUUUUUGUACAUGACUGCAACAAUAUGUGUUAGUAAAUAAAUUCUGAUUAAUUUACAGAAUAUUUUACUAGUUUCACUCUUAACAUUCCAGUAGAUAGCUUCAAGUCUCGAAAGUAUUAAAACUUUCGCUGUUGAGUGUGAAAAUAUUCUGCUACAAAAAGUGCACAAAUUCAAACAUCAUUAAGCAGUUACAGUAAUUUCUGCACUACUCCAACUGCAGUAUUAGUCUUCAAACAACAUUUCAACUAACAUCUGUUAGGGUAAUAAUCCUUCAUGUGUCGAUCUUACGUUUCACCGCUUGUUUCCAUAACUAACAGAUUUAAGUUUCUGAACACUUGAAAUUGAUCUUUUUUCUGUAUUAUCUGAAACACAUUUUUAAGGGUCCAUAUUAUCUGAAACACAUUGGGUGAUUUGUCUCUUGCAGUUCAUUCUGGCUAUGUCUGACUCAGCUCAAUGCUGCAAUAGAGAAGAUACAGCCGAUGUUUCUCUCUCUCUCUCUCUCUCUCUCUCUCUCUCUCUCUCUCUCUCUCUCUCUCUCUCUCUCUCUCUCUCUCUCUCUCUCUCCCCCCCUCUCCCCCUUCCUCCCUCAUCAAAAUUACAAGAAAAAUAGGGGGUCUGAAAAUGGAGGAGGAAACAAACUUAGCUAUAUUGGGAGCAGAGUUAUUUUUAAUGAGAUGCUUUAAAGACAAACAGUAAUUACAGAGGAGGAGUGGUAAUUUUAGGACAGUCAUGUACAAAAUAUAAUAAUUUAGGUACUAAAUAUAUUGUAAAUUUCUCCUCUUUUUUCAGGUAAAGAAAUAUGUUCACUUUGAUUCCUAAAAACAACUUUCAUUUGACAGCUCCUUGUUUGUGAAUAAGAUAGAUUGCUAUUCACCAUACAGAGGAGGUGUUGAGUUACAGAAAGGCACAAAAAAGACUGCUACAAAAGUGAGCGUUUGCCCAAAAGUGCUUUGUCUAACAUAGAAAACACACAUAUCCACACACACAUGACCACUGUCUCUGGCCACCAGGUCUGACCUUGAUGGCCAGAGACAGUGUGUGUGUGUGUGUGUGUGUGUGUGUGUGUGUGUGUGUGUGUGUGUUUGUGUGUGUGUGUGUGUUUGUUUGUUUUUCAAAGUAGAAGUCAGCCUUUUGGCCAGAAGCUCACUUUUAUAUAAGUCUUUCUGUUGUGUCUAUGACUCAACAUAUCUUCUAUAUGAUGAGUAGCAGUCUGUCCUUUUCAUAAUAUUGGAUUUGUUCCAUUGUUUGAACUCCUUAUUUGUGGAACAUUUGAUACUGUAAUUGUUGUUAGCAGUUCUCUUACUAAAGUUUCACUCCAUUUCUAUUGGGGUGUUUGCUCAUGCUUGAAAUUGGUCAGCAUUCUGUAGGACUGUUCUGUAUUUAUGAAAUCUGAUCGUUCAGAAUCACACUGACUGCUUUGUAACUUUGUAUGAUUACCUACUUAGAGACAUUAUUAUAUGUAAGAUGUCUUUGUCCACCAAUGAAGAGUGUAAUAUAUCUUCUUUCUGGUCUUCUCCAAAUCAAUUUUUAUUUUGAUGCUUUGCUAUAUUUUGUGAUUUAAAAUAAAUUUCCCUUCAAGUUACUUGGUCUAUGAACCAUCUAGUGCUUUCAGGUGAUGAGAAGACUGGUGGUUGGAGUCAAAAGCAGCUCUGAUAUUUUGUUAUUUUGUGUGUGUGUGUGUGUUUUUUUCACAUUAACACUGAGGCAGGUUGAAUGGCAGUACUUUGUGAAGCUCCAAUGAGAUUUACUCCAUUGAGAGAAGUGCUGCACAUCUACUGCUAUGAAACUGAAGUGCUCGGUUCAACCCUGCCUGGACAUAAGUUUUUGUUUCCACUUCCGUCAUACACCACUCUAAAUAAGGCAGUUGGACACACCCAACACUAGUCUUCCCCACACUUGAGGUUCCUAACACACAACUUGAGCACCAAGUUGACAUCAUGAGGCCGAAUUCUUAAACUUAGUUUUCCAUGGGGAGUUCAAAAUACAUACAAUUUGCCUCUAACUGCUGUACUAUCAUUUCACAGUGAUGCAGUUGCAAUAUAUACAGAUUUUUAAAUUAAAUUACAAUGUUUAUUGCUAACUACUGUGAACAUUCCCAAAACAUUCUCAUAUUUGACUUGUAGAAAAUAACACAGGUUCAGCCCAAACUUAGUUGUUCCCAGGUUCUAAUUUUUCACAUACUGAGUAUCAUAUUUGUUAGUACUUACAAAGUGAUGAUUAUGAGCUCAAUAAAUAAUUUUAUUUUUAUUUAUAGUUGUAGUAAAAACUUUUUGCAAGUUUUGUAGAUGUGAUAACACUCAUCUCUUGAUGAUAUUUUAUAAAAAUAUACAAGUACAGUGCAACAGGAUACUGAUAAGCACAAACAAUAUCUGUUGAAAUAUUCUUGGCUCUGUAAAGCCCUUGGCAUUUUUGUUGUAAAUUAACAUUCCUUAUUAGUUGGAACUAUUACAAGUAGCUUUGUGCCAAAUUUUAUGCAUCAAAUAUUUGUAAGAAUAAUCAUUUUUGGUACAAUAAAGGAACUUUUGAAAA